CGGACGGACCUGUUCGGCAACCGAGUCGAGUUCUUUUCGAUUCAACGGGCCCAUCAAACCCUGACGCUGACGGCGAUCAGCGACGUCGAGGUCCAUGAGCAGCCGCUGCUGCCGGCGACGUCUCUCCCGUGGGAGACCGUGCGGGACUCGUUCCGCUUGCCGGGGGACGCCGACGCCACCAAGGCGUAUCGCUUCGCGUUUCCCUCCACGCACGUCCCACGGAACGCAACCCUGCGCGACUACGCGUCGACAUCCUUCACUCCCGGCAGGCCGAUCCUCGACGCCGCUCGCGACCUCACCAGCCGCAUCCACGCCGACUUCAAGUACGAUCCCCGGGCGACGACCGUCAGCACGCCAGUGCUGGAUGCGUUUAACGCUCGCGCGGGCGUGUGCCAGGACUUCGCCCACGUCGAGAUCGCCUGCCUGCGGUCGCUGGGGCUCGCGGCGCGGUACGUGAGCGGCUACCUGCGGACGAUCCCGCCGCCGGGCAAGGCUCGGUUGGUGGGCGCCGACGCGUCACAUGCGUGGCUGAGCGUCUAUUGCGGCGCCAUCGGCUGGGUGGAUUUCGAUCCGACGAACGAUUGCAUCCCGGGAACCGAUCACAUCACCGUCGCGAUCGGCCGCGACUACGCCGACAUCAGCCCCAUCCAAGGCGUCUUCGUCGGCGGUGGCUCGCACACGAUGGUCGUGUCGGUCGACGUGGAGCCUCGCGACACUGUCUAA